CGCGCAGGAGCGAGGGGGCGAAACUGCAAUAAACACACAGGGCGUCUGCGCCGCCUAUCUAACUAGGACAAUAAAGUGCAAACGGUAUCAAUGCUAUAACAAUGGAUGUAUCCGAUAUGCUUCUCAUCAAACUUGUCCUCUUCGCCUAUUUGCUACAUGACACUCAAGGGCACUAUAGGAACCCCCUCAACAAGUACAUCCGCCACUAUGAAGGUCUUUCCUAUGACACAGAGCUGGUACACAGCAACCACCAGAGAGCUAAGAGGGCACUCUCCCACCAAGACCAGUUUCUUCAUUUAGAUUUUCAUGCUCAUGGAAGGCAUUUCAAUCUUCGCAUGAAGAGAGAUACUACUCUCUUUGCACCAGACAUGAAGGUGGACGUUUCGGGAGAAGAGUCGACAUAUGAUACCUCUCACAUCUACACUGGAGAAAUAUAUGGUGAGAAGGGCACCCUGGCUCAUGGCUCCAUCGUGGAUGGUAAAUUUGAGGGCUUCAUUCAAAGUUUCCACGGCAACUACUACGUGGAACCCACUGAGCGAUACUUGGAGGGCAAAGACGUGCCUUUCCACUCUGUCAUGUACCACGAGGAUGACAUACACUAUUCUCACAAGUAUGGCCCAGAGGGAGGCUGUGCUGAUAGCUCCGUGUUCGAGAAGAUGAGAAAGUACCAAGCCUCUGCUGUAGAAGAGCCAUCCAAGCCAAUCCACAGUCAAGCAGUCGAUAAUGAAUCUGUGAUGUUAAGAAAGAAGAGGAUGGCACAGGCUGAGAAAAACACGUGCCAGCUCUUCAUCCAAACAGAUCACCUCUUCUACAAGCAUUACAAGACGAGAGAGGCUGUUAUUGCUCAGAUUUCCAGCCACGUCAAGGCCAUUAAUGCUAUCUAUCAAGGCACAGAUUUCUUAGGGAUUCGCAACAUCAGUUUCAUGGUGAAAAGAAUCCGGAUAAACACCACCAGUGACGAGAGGGACAAGUCCAACCCGUUUCGCUUCGGGAACAUCGGCGUGGAAAAGUUCCUGGAGCUGAACUCUGAACAAAACCACGAUGACUACUGCUUGGCUUACGUCUUCACUGACAGAGACUUUGAUGAUGGCGUCUUGGGUUUGGCCUGGGUGGGAGCCCCCUCAGGGAGUUCUGGUGGGAUCUGUGAAAAAAGCAAGUUGUACUCCGAUGGGAAAAAGAAGUCACUCAACACAGGAAUCAUCACAGUCCAAAACUAUGCCUCCCACGUGCCUCCCAAAGUCUCCCAUAUCACCUUUGCACAUGAAGUAGGGCACAACUUUGGCUCCCCGCAUGACUCCGGAUCUGAGUGCACACCAGGUGAAGCCAAGAGCCAAGACAAAAAGGAGAAGGGCAAUUACAUCAUGUAUGCCAGAGCUACAUCAGGAGACAAGCUGAACAACAACAAAUUCUCUAUCUGUAGUGUGCGCAACAUCAGCCAGGUGCUGGAGAAAAAGAGAAGCAACUGUUUUGUUGAGUCUGGUCAGCCCAUCUGUGGAAAUGGCCUCGUGGAACCAGGAGAGGAGUGUGACUGUGGCUACAGUGACCAGUGCAGGGACCAGUGCUGCUAUGAUGCCAACCAGGCUGAUAACAAGAAGUGCAAAUUAAAGCCCAACAAAGUCUGCAGUCCCAGCCAGGGUCCCUGUUGCACCGCUGAGUGCAGCUACAAGGGGCGCAAUGAAAAGUGCAGGGACGAAUCGGAGUGCGCUCAUCAGGGCAUGUGUAAUGGAGUGAGCCCCCAGUGUCCAUCAUCUGAGCCCAAGGCCAACUUUACUGCCUGCCACGGCGAAACUCAAGUCUGUCUGAAUGGGGGCUGCUCCGGCUCCAUCUGUGAGAAGUACGGACUGGAAGCCUGCACAUGCGCUAGCCAAGAAGGGAAGGAUGAGACGGAGCUUUGUCACGUGUGCUGCAUGGAGAAGAUGAAUCCCAACACAUGCAGCAGUACGGGGUCAGAGCGUCUGGCUCGUUUCUUCAAUAAGAAGGUGACCACCCUGCCGGCCGGCUCGCCGUGCAACGACUUCAAGGGGUACUGCGACGUGUUCAUGAAGUGUCGUCUGGUGGAUGCGGACGGCCCCCUCGCUCGGCUCAAGAAGGCCAUUUUCAACCCGGAGCUUUAUGAGAACAUUGCUGAAUGGAUUGUGGCCCACUGGUGGGCAGUGCUACUGAUGGGAAUCGCUCUCAUCAUGCUCAUGGCUGGCUUCAUUAAGAUCUGUAGUGUACAUACACCCAGCAGUAACCCCAAGCUUCCGCCGCCUAAACCACUUCCAGGCACUUUGAAGCGGCGGCGAGCGCAGCAGCACGCGAGCUCCCAGGUGCAACAUCAGUCGCAACACGGCGGUCACGGGGGUCAGCGGCAGGGCCAGAGGCAGCCUCAGCGGCAGUCCCAGCAGCAGCACCAACGGCACCACCGUCAGCCCAGAGAGAACUAUCAGAUGGGCCAAAUGAGACGCUGAGAUCUCUUGCCACCCCGCAAAUCUCUCCCCCGCCACCCCUUCCAAUGCCUUGGCUCCUCCUUGUGCCUACAGUGGGAAACUUAAGCGUCACUCCAUCCAAAGAAAAGCUUGUCGGUCACCACCGUCUCCUCCGUCUUACAGCCACGCGAAAGAAGAGAAAAAUUCAGCGACUCAGUUUCCGCCGCCACGCAAUCUGGCUUCUUUUUCCAUCGUCAUUUUGUUUUGGCUCAUUUCAAAGGAGUGCCAAGGAGUUUUAAAGAACCAUCUGUAGCUUUAGUCCACUUUUGUGCUGUGUUUUGGUUCUGUUGCGAUGUCGUCUCAAGUGACACGCUUGUGGCUGCCGUUGAAUCGUCGCGUGCUUUUCUUGCGCCGUUUUCACCACAAACAGGAGAGAGAGAGACACUCGGCGGGGGAUUGGCGCCACGUUUUGGAUUUCCCCAAAUCUGCGAAAGACACAUGCUCCGUUCUUGUGCGGACAGUCUCCUGCAUGUGACUGUACAUAUUUAGUGUAUCAUAAGUGAAAACGAACUAUUUCUUCUACUGUAAAUGUGUAAUUCUUCACUCUCUUUUGUUUUUCUUUUAUGUUUUGGUUAGCGCUCUCAGGACUUUUAACACAUAAAUGAAGGAAUGACGGUCGCCAGGAGUUCCUCGGAUCUUGUCAGAUCCUCUCUGCGGUCGUCCAAUCAGGUGGAGCUCGUUCAUUUUGGGUUGCUUGCUUCUCAAUUUGAACAAAGUCACCAUAUCCCUCUUGUUUUUUUUCCAAGCCCGUCUUUCCAUUGUUUUAUUUCUUGUGCGCUUUUGUCGUGUUUAACAAGCUCGUUGAGAGAAACAAAAGGAUCCUUCUGCUUGAUAUAUCUUUUCUUUUACCGAUUAAAUUUAGCUCAAUGAAGAAUGAAUUACCACUAAAUAAAACUGCGACGACUUAUAAGGAAAAGGCGUAAGUCAAUGACUGCUGCCACUUGGGCUGCGUUCAGACUGCAGGCAUAUCUGAUUCCAGUCGGAUUCCUACUCAAAUCUGAUUUUUAGGGAGAACUUUUCACACUAUUUUUUUUUUUUUUUUAGCAAGUCUCCAAAUCGGAUCUGGGCCUGUUCAGACUGGGCAACAUCAUUGACACUAGGGCUGCAGCUAUCGAUUAUUUUGGUAGUCGAUUAAUCGAUGAACUACUUAGUUCGAAUAAUCGAGUAAUCGGAUAAAGAACAUAAACAUUUAAAAUACCUGAGCUGAGCCUCGAAUGGUAUAAAAAAUAAAUAAAUGAGGAUCUACAGUGGGGAGAACAAGUAUUUGAUACACUGCCGAUUUUGGUUUUUCCACUUGCAAAGCAUGUAGAGGUCUGUAAUUUGUAUCAUAAGUUCUCUUCAAUUGUGAGGGACGGAAUCUAAUACAAAAAAACAAAAUCAAAUUGUAUGAUUUUUAAAUAAUAAAUUUGCAUUUAAUUGCAUGAAAUAAGUAUUUGAUACAUCACAAAAAUCGAACUUAAUAUUUGGUACAGAAACCUUUGUUUGCUAUUACAGAUACCAAACUUUUCCUGUAGUCCUUGACAAGGUUUGCACACAUUGCAGCAGGGAUUUUGGCCCACUCCUCCUUGCAGAUCUUCUCCAGAGCCUUCAGGUUUCGGGGCUGCUACCGGGCAACACGGACUUUCAGCUCCCUCCAUAGAUUUUCUAUCGGGUUCAGAUCUGGUGACUGGCUAGGCCACUCCAGGACCUUAAGAUGCUUCUUACAGAGCCACUUUUUAGUUGCCUUGGCUGUGUGCUUUGGGUUGUUGUCAUGCUGGAAGACCCAGCCACGACCCAUCUUCAGGGCUCUCACUGAAGGAAGGAGGUUGUCAGCCAAGAUCUGGCGAUACAUAGCCCCAUCUAUCCUCCCCUCAAUACGGUGCAGUCGUCCUGUACCCUUGGCAGAGAAGCAGCCCCAAAAAAUAAUGUUUCCUCCUCCAUGUUUCACGGUUGGGAUGGUGUUCUUGGGGUUGUACUCAUCCUUCUUUUUCCUCCAAACACGACGAGCCGACUUUAGACCAAAAAGUUCAAUUUUGGUCUCAUCCGACCACAUGACCUUCUCCCAUUGCUCCUCUGGAUCAUCCAGAUGGUCAGUGGCAAACUUCAGAAGUGUCUGGACAUGCACUGGCUUCAGCAGCGGGACCUUGCGUGCGCUGUAGGAUUUUAAUCCAUGACGGCUUAAUGUGUUUCCGAUGGUUUUCUUCGAGACUGUGGUUCCAGCUCGCUUCAGGUCAUUGACCAGGUCCUGCCGUGUAGUUCUGGGCUGAUCCCUCACCUUCCUCAUGAUCAGUGAUGCCCCACGAGGUGAGAUCUUGCAUGGAGCCCCAGAACGAGGCAGAUUGACCGUCAACUUGAACUUCUUCCAUUUUCUAAUAAUCGUUCCAACAGUUGUUACCUUCUCACCAAGCUGCUUGCUUAUUUUCCUGUGGCCCAAACAGUUCAACUGUAGUUCAAACAGGUGCAGUUACUUCCGGUAAUGAGUGGAGAACAGGAGGGGUUCUUAAAAAAGAACUAAGAGCCGAAAUAUUUACUAGUUGGUAAUGUAUCAAAUACUUAUUUGAUGCAGUUAAAUACUAAUUUAUUGUUUAAAAAUUAUACAAUGUGAUUUUCUGGAUUUUUGUAUUAGAUUCCGUCCCUCACAGAUGAAGAGAAAUUAUGAUACAAAUUACAGACCUCUACACGGCUUGCAAGUGGGAAAACCAGCAAAAUCGGUAGUGUAUCAAAUACUUGUUCUCCCCACUGUAAGUACAACAAAAGAACAAUCGGCUAACUUGAAUAGUAAAAGUCCACUAGCUUAAAUGCUAUAAAACGCUAACUUUUUUUUUUUUUUUUUUUUUUAACACCAUGCUUUUAACAAAUGGUUCAAACACAUAUGCCCACAAAAAACGGCUAAAUAUACCUAUAAACGCAAUUACAAGUGCAUUUAAAAAAAAAAAAAAACAUUAGCUCAAACAAAAACUUGGCUUAUGUUGGUCUUAACAGGGAGAAGCUGGAUUCAGCCUCGUGAAAUGAGGCAGACGAGAGUGCAGUAUAUCCACCCAAAUCAAUACAGCUAAAUGCAAACACUAUCAAAACAAAACAUUACAACGCCACAUUAAUUAAACAAAUACUCGAAGCAGCAAAAUUUAAUUUGAAUCUUUUUUUCUAAUCGAAUACUCGACUUAAUUGAUUAAUCGAUGAAGCACUAAUUGACACACCUGACAGGUUGCUGUGGCAACGAAGGCGUCAUCAAGCAUAGUGAAGUCACAUACAGUCAAAACCAAUCUGAGCUGUUCAGACUGAGAAACAUUUUGUCCAUAUCUGAUAUGAAACUACCUCCCGUAUGUGGUUUCAAUCUGCCUCGCAAAAAUCUGAUUUCUGUGCUUUGUGACUGUUCAGACCACAAAAGAGCCAUCCAGUUUUAAUCUGGAUGGGCUAAAACUCAGUUUUGCCUGCCAGUCUGAACAAGGCCUUAGUUUAGGAGUGAGUCUAACUGACACGCUUAUGGAAGUAUGUUUCAAAAUGACUUGGUGUGAAUGUGCUCAAAAAGUAGGCUUAUCAUUCUAUUGUGCUUAACAGAUAGCAAAUCUUUUGUGGGCAUGCGGAGGCAUUAAUUCAAUGUGACUUGAUCAACUUUGGUCUUUGAUGUGUUUCAAUACUGAUAACUAUUAAUGUGAAAAUAAAAGGAAGUUUUGUUGAGGCAAUAUUUUCACACAGAUUGACUUGCUACUCCACAGUCUUUCACUUCCCAGUUUAAAUCUCUUGUACUUUUUUUUUUUUUUUUUUUGUUCCUUUCACAAA